GAAUUUUAGGGAACACAGCACAUGCCGAAAUGUCUCAAGCGGAGCCGAGUUCCUCGAGAUUGCCCUCGGGAGCAGAGGCUAGGAUUGGAAAAAACUCCAAGGAACGAGUUUCAAAAUCGGCAGGACGCAACAGCAAAAUGCGUCGCCAAUUUCAAUGCUGCAUUGCCAGGGAAUACUACAGUGAGUACUCGAACAUGGUGGAAUCGCUGCACAUCACGCCGCGAAUGAUGAUCCACCACAAAUGCUUUAAGGUCAAUAACACUUACGGGCUGUCGCUCAACAUUAAAAAUACAGGAUUGUAUCCCCGUUUGAUCAACAUAACCACCGACAGUCCCGAAGAUACGUCCAUUUCCAUACCGGAACUGGAGCUACAUCGCUACUUGGACACCGAUGAGUCCGUGGAGGUUAAGAUCUGGAUCCGAACCACUUCCAAACGAGAUAUCAACAGACGACGCCACAUCCUGGUCGAGUGCUUUCACCCAAACAUCAUCUUCCAAGUGCCCAUAAUUGUUUUGGACAAGCUGAAAUAUCCCUCGAUCAGCGACACUAUUACCUUUCCCAGCUGUGUGCCCGGCAACAAGACCCAUUACGAAAUGAUCAUCUACAACCCCACCAAAGAUCGCGUUCGAGUGCGAUACAGAAACACCAAUCGGGGUUUGGAAAUCAGUGACAAUAAUAAGGAUAUUUUGCCGCCCAGGGAUUAUGCCAAGCUUUUUCUAGUCAUCCAGCCGAAGAAGCUAAAUGUCUACAGGGGAUUCUUCAACAUAAAGUUUGGAGUGUUGCCCCCAAAACCCGUAAUGUUUGUCUUCACGCCCAAGUCGAUGGCCGUGCACCUGAAUUUGGGAAGUGUGGUCUUCGGAAUGACCAAGUUUUCGCGUGAGGAAGUGCGAUCGGUGACCGUGUGCAACGAGACCACGCACGAAGUGAUGAUCUCUGGGCAGUUUUACACGGAACCAACUACCACAGUGGUGGAUAGAAAGGAUAGCGAUAGUCUCGAUAAGGAAGAAAGGCUAUCCAGCAAACUGAUCGAAGAUGCCGUCAGCAUGCACAGCAUCCUGCUUUACGACUUUGAGGAGCACAGGAGUGUUCAGGAUGUUCGGAUUGAUGCCGAGGCGGUGAAGCACUUUGACUUCAGUGUGCCCACCCGAAUCUCGGCGGGAAUUUCGACCGAGAUCAGGCUGGUCUUUCGACCCAGCUACGAUGCCAAUAAUCCCUUUUCGGAUGAGGUGGAGCCACCGUACUUUCAGCGUACUCGGGUCACAUUUUGCUUCAGCGACGCCGAGGAAUGCAUUGAAUCGCACAACAUCAUCUUGUCUGGUUUAAUCGGUGGCAUCGACAUGGAGUUCCAUCCGAAGGUGGUCGACUUCCGGAAGAUCUACCUGGGCGAAGAGCACUGCGCCCAGAUCAAAGUUCUCAAUGUUGAUGAUGUGCCUGCCAAAGUGGUCUACAAGGAUUGCUCGGAACCGGAUGUUUGUGGCAUUCGGGUGACGCCCUCUGAAGGCUUCCUGCUGGAGCCCUGCACCCGUGGCAUCUUCAAUGUGUCCUUCUACUCCUUGUUUCCCGCCCGUUUUCAAAACACGCUGCGUUUCAAGGUGGAGAAUGGAGCCCACUACAAAGUGUUGAUCAAAGGCACAGGACAGCCGGUGCAACUGCGCACCUUUCCGCAACUGGUGGAGUUUGGGAGCAUUCCCAUUGCCGUGCCCCAAAAGCGUUACAUGCUGCUCAUGAAUCCCCUGGCGGUGCCCAUUACGCUCCAGGUGAAGGCCACCGAUGAUGGUGAAGAAACACCGCUGGUACUCAAUAUACGCAACUCCACGGAGAUGCUGCCCAUCACGGUGAGGGAUCCCAUACGACAUCUGCAGCAAGUGCACGAGGAUCUGCAGAAUCAGGAGCCAGAAGAACACAGGGAGAUCCGUCUCACGACCACCGAGUCAGAGAUUCUGUCUAUGAAGUCGGUUAAAGGAAGCGAGUCCGUCUACAGUUUGGAGUUUGAGGAGGAAGUGAUGGAACCCAUUCCACAGAUGGCCGCCCAUCUGCUGACCAACCUGAAGAAGCAGAAGAUCUUUGACAAAUCGGAGACGGAUCGUCGAGUUAUCCAGGAGGCACUAAUGGGUCUGCUCAACACCAAGUAUUUCUCAGUAUUUACCAAGCAUAACAACUACAUAUUCAUGGACUGGAACGCUGUGCCCAGCGAUCCGAGAGAAGUGUUCUGCGACAAUGAGAUAAUCUAUUUGCGUCCAAACACCGGACGCAGCAUCACCAUCCUUUUGGUGCCCAACAAGGUGGGCUACUUCCAUCGAUCGCUGUCCGUGCGAAUUUGUCCGGCAGUGUCGACCUCCUCCAUGGAUCCUUCCAGUGAUGAUCAUCCCAUUAUGAAGACUCUUGUGAAGUCAGAGUUCCUCUGCUCGAAACUGUGGUUUGAGUACAACUGCGUUGUUCCCGAGAUUUUGUGGUCCAACCUGGUGGACCUCUCACAUCGCACCAUUUAUGCUGGCGAGGACUACGACUUCGAGAUGACCUUUUCCAACCGCUCUAUCAUAGGCGCUUUUAUUCACUAUGAUGUCAUUCCCACCGACAUGACCUUUCGCGAUGGCACCUGGAAGUUCUUCAUUGACGGCGGAUCGGAAAUAACUGCCAAAUGUGCGGUGACCUUCCGCUCGCUGGGAAGCACCCGUCUAUCUGGUCUGGUCAAAAUUGUAGGCGCCAAUCGACCCUAUGCUUUCCAUCUCUUUGCCAACGUUCUGCCCACGGAAAUUAGGGUUACGCCGAUGUACGUUCACAAGCGCCUGCAGGUCUACGAAAAGAGCGUGGUGCACUUCUAUAUCGACAACUAUACGCCCACGCACACCAAACUCAGUAUGAGACUGAAAGACAUAGAAUACCAGUAUCUGACAUUGAGGGGCGGAGCCUUGGCCUCUUCUGGACAGAGCAUGUACACCACCCUGGUCUCGUUGUUCACGGAUCCCGAUCUGUACCAGAACACCCUCUAUAUAGAUCUGCAGUUUGACAAUGUGAUGAUGCUGCCCAUCACGUUUCUGGUGGAGGGAGUACCACUCUAUUUUGAGCCCGAUAUCCGAAAGGGUUUCGAUGCCGGACUGCUGUACACCGAUACAAAGGAGCAGUUCCAGGAGAGUUUCUACCAGCACCGCUUUCCCAUUCGGGUGAUCAACAAGGGACGUCGUGCCUACCGGAUUCUCAUUAUCCGAUUGAAUACCUAUGGCCCGGGGGCCAAUGUGACAUCGGGGUGCUCCACCAACGCCCUGACCUCGCGAUUCGACAUGGAACCGAAGAACCUCUACAUGUCGCCCAGUUGCGAGAAUCAGCUGGAGAUCAUGGCCAGCUCCUAUGUGGAGGGACACGCCACCGGCGACUUUCUGCUGCAGGUCAUCGAUCAAAAGUACCCACAGCGAAAGCACAUCAUAAGGAUCAGGGCCUCGGCAGAGUUUGUGGACUGUCAGCUGACUUGGAUUCCCAAGCAGGUAAACUUCAACUACAAGCGCUGUGAGCCCUUGAAAGAACGCUCCUAUGUGGAAACGCCACUGCUGGUGAAUCCCUGCUCGGUGCCCAUCCACGAGGUAACGCUCCAGGAGACGGGCCCCUUUAGGAUCAAGGAAUACUACGAGCACUCGUACGAAAAAGAGAUUCAGAUCAGCCUAAAUGGCGCAGAGCGAAAGGAGAUCUUUGUGAUCCUCAAUAGAGGAGCUUUAAAGCCUCUACUGUGCCGCCAAAUCGAGGGUAGAAUCAAUGUGAUGGCGAUGGGCAGGCAACUGAAGUCACUGCCCCUCCGAGUAGCCAUAAUGGUGCCGGAUGUGGUGAUCCUCCAGCCGGAACUGGUCCUCUUCGAUCGCGGCAAACCGUACGAUAGUAGCAUCAAUCUGGUCAACCAAGGCUGCAUGCCAGCGGAGUUCAAGUGGAGAAGGCUGGAGACCACCGAGGUGUUCGUGAGCGACGAGGAUGAUCCCGAUGGCAUUGCAGCCGAUAUCCUUUCCGAGAUUCUGCGCAUGCUGGAGUACGAUUUCAGCUGCGAGGAUCAGCCGAAUAUGACCAAGAGAUACCAGGAGUGCCGCUGUCAGUUUCGUCGCUUCGAGGAGCAUGGCGAUUUUAUAAUGGAGAUUUUAGAAGAGGUCAUCAACGAAAUGGACUUGAAGCACAGGCCUCUUCUUUACCCGCCCAAGGAUCCUCCCGAGGAUCAGCAGCAGGAGGAGGACAGGGAUCAGAGCUCGUCGAGCGUGGUGCGGGAAACCAUUUCGGACAUCCUCAAUCGCCUGCAUCUCGAUUCCAGCGAUCGGUGGUCGGAGGCCUCCUCCGAAUACUGCUUUGCCAGUCGGUACAUCUACUUUUACGAAAAGCGCGGUAUCGUCGAGAAUGCGGAUCUGGAGUGCAAGCUCUAUCUGCCGCACAUCCGACGGAGCCACGAGAUGCGAUCGGUCUUCGAGUUAAGCCUCCUGGGCGGACGAAGUCAGCGAUUCACCGUCACGCUGGUCAAUCUGCCGCAGAAGAUCAAGUUCCACAAGGACAGCAUCUACAUGGGCAUCAAGCCCUGGUACGAGUCAUUCGAUACGACGGUGCGUGUCACCAACGUGACCAAGUAUCCCCUCCAGUUGGUUGUCGUCGAGGUGAAGAAGCCGCCUCCAAAGGAUCAACCCCACGAGAAGCGUCUGGUAGAUGGCUACUGCAAGAUGAUGACCAGCGACAUGAUGAACCUGGAGCCACUGGGAGCGAAUCAGAUCCGGGUGAAGGGCAUCCUGGGAUUCAGCGAGAGUUUCAAGCACUCCUUUGGGGCGAUGAUCAACAACAGUGACUCCAGCUACUUUUGGCUGCGCGGACAGGGCGUUAUGCCCAUGCUGGACAUGGUAUCCCCGCUGCCAAGCACUCCAAUGGAUCCGCUGGAGGUGGAGGAGGAGUACCGAAUGCUGCAGAGGAUCUACCACUACGAGAUAUUUCGCUCCAUCACAGAGGUUGAUGAGGAACCGAAACGCGCGGAAGGUGAGGAGGAGAACCAGGUGGAGGAUAAGGUAUCCAUUAGCGAGGAUUUCUCCCUGCUCUCCUCCAGCGAAUCGGAAAUGUCCUCCGAUCGGAAGGACCAGCACGAUUUGCAACUCUUUCGCAUGGUCCACACCUACGUGAUGGUCAAUAACAACCAGGAACUUCCACAUGCCACUGUUUUGAGGCAACUAAUACUGGCGGAAAGGUAUUUGAAGCGACUCCGUUUGAAUCCCGACUUGUAUGCGGUGCAUCAGCAGGUCUAUCAGACCUACCAAAAGAUGCACAAGGCUCCGGGAUUCAAGCAGCCGGCCAUGGUGAAGCACUUCACGGUUCAGCCCAUUCCCUGCCAGCAGCACGGCUACGUCCUCGACUUGGGUCCACUGACCAGGAACAGUGUUCGGCGGUUUCAGCUCAAGCUCCACUUCUUCGGACCCGGAAAACUCAUUGCAGCCGCUCGCACGGCUGUUAGGAUUCCAGGCUUAUAUGUGGACUUUAACGUUAAGGAUCCCAAGCAUGCCGAUAAAAAAUUCUCCUUCUGGGCUGAGAAGUGCACGGCGCUCGAGUAUUUCAAGGAAAAGUAUAGGAAUAUGUUUGAGCGUCUGCUGGACGCGGAACAGGAUCCCAAGCUGAAGCACGCCCACUCCUUCGACCUGGACACCAUGGUCAAGCACCAGCGAGAUCUGGCGCCCAAGGAUCGCCGGCUGAUCGAGGAGUACUACAACAGCCUCAAUCCCUCCGUUUAUCCGGAUCACAAGCACCACUUCACCCUGGCCAAGAUCUUCUCCGGCUGCCUGUCGAACUAUUCCGGAGUGGACGUUACCAUGGUCGGAUUCUUUAAGCCAGAGUCGCGCUUCUAUGUGAAGGAUCAGCUGGUGGAGGACUAUCUGUUUAUCGAUUUGCACAUGGGUCCUACACUUCCCGUUCUUCUAAAAGGCGUCAUCGUCGCCUAG